GCAGCAGCCAGCCCCAGUGGACGUGCACCAGCCUCGGUCUAGGGAUUUCUGUGCGCAUUAACUGGAUGAGACGCCUGGGACGCGCGUCUACCUGUUUGCGUUGAACUGGAUACUGUGGUGCCACCUCACGCAUCCGCACACUCCAGACUCGUGGUGAUUUAUUUCCUCUUAGGAGCGAGCUGCUGCGUAAUGAACAGCGCACCCGAGGGAAGAACCAUCACCAAACUUUAAAGGAGACUUUGCAACUUUGGCAGUAGUGCGCAGCUCACCAUUUGACAGGAGCGCGGAUCUUUUCUCUGGGAAACUUUAAAACAGAAGACUCUUUUUUUCUGAAAACAUGUUCAGCAAGUGUUCCGUUGUCUUAUUGAACGUCCUCUUUCUAGUGCGGGCGCUCUCGGCUCACGAGUGCACGCCAUGUAACCUUCGGACCUGUCCGGUGAAAGCCGCCCACGGGUGCGAGGGUGGCCGGACCUUGGCCCGGGAUCCGUGCGGAUGCUGCGACCAGUGCGCCCGCCUGGAGUGGGAGCCCUGCGGCGGACAGGACUGGGCGCACGGCUACUGCGCCCUGGGGCUGACGUGCGCCUCCACCAACAGAUCCGGAGCGGCCACUAUCCCUGAGAUUGGAGUGUGUAAAGUGCUCCCCGACCAUCCAGAGGCAGGCCUUGAGGACGAGCGCUGUCCCCUGAUGACAGGCUGCGACAAGGCUGGAGGACAGUGCGUGUGUGAUACCCGUCACUCCUGCUUGGGCUCUUUCAUGUACGCAGACCAAGAAACCUGCAUGAAGGCCAGUAAGUCAGAGGGUCGGAGGCACGAACACCGGGAGAGACACAGAGAGAAGUAUGUGGGACCAUCCAACCCGGCCUGCAUGUUCUCUGGGUGUAACCUGACCGCCGAGGGCUGUGUGUGCGAGUCUCAGAGCUGCCACCACCACUUCGCCUACAUCAACCGCAGCCAGUGCCAGGAAGCCGCAGAGGAGCUGAGGUGUGCCGGGGUGACAUGUCCCGCUCUGCAGGUGCCCUCCUGCCCCCACGGAUCAGUCCUGACAAAGAGCUACACACCCCCUGCUGGCUGCUGUCCCUCUAUUCCUCCCCAGUGCACCUGUGACCUCCGUGCCUGCCACAAGCCUCAGUGCCAGGGCGGACAGCGAGCCGUGUUGCUCAGCCAGGCCAGCGGCCUGCCGGGAGACUGCUGUGACGUGUUUGAGUGCCAGAAAG